AUGGCUAAAUGUUCAUCUAGACAAUUUCUCUUUCUGCUGUUUAAUUUCCUAUUUCUGUGCCUUGGUCUGGGACUGGUAGGAUUCGUGGCCUGGACCUUAGCGACCAUUCCUACAGCCAACGAAUUCAUAUCUGGUACACAUUAUGUCGGAUUUAUGUUGACCUUGUUAUUCCUGGAGCUUGGACUUAUAUUUUUCAUAUAUGCAGAGAAGUCACAGAUACCAAGCGUCAUGCUCGACUCCUGGGACGGACUGAAUACAGACACACAGUAUAAGAUUCAAAGCGAGUUGGAGUGUUGCGGUAUACAGAACUAUACGGAGUACGGAACGGACGUGGAAUCCUACCCCUCUAGCUGCUUUGUUGUGUAUGGCGUCACUGGAAUCAUCGAGAAAACAGUCGAUAACCUCUUCACAGUGGACUGUCUGACUCAGAUGCAGACCUGGUUGAAUGAUCACGUCCCCAUAUGGGUCUCUGUCAUCGUGGCCGUUGCUGUAAUAGAGUGCUUAAGCGGCCUCGCCUCCUGUAUAUUCUUACAACGGGUUCAAAAAAAGUUGAAAGUCGAACCUGUCAACGACGAUGAUGGAACAAAUGCGGACAUAGAAAUGGCAGUUAUGGAGGCAGGUUCAUCGGACGACAGGGUGUCUGAUGAGGAAAAUCAAGAAAAUGACAAUAGAAUAAACUCUACUGGUUUGAUACUUGUGACUCCUGCCUCGGAACAGGAUAUAAAGGAUAAUACGACUAUCGAUUAUCUCAGUGAGAAAAACGUCGAUUCAUUAUCAACGAAUUCUCAAAGCGAAGUCAAAGAUGAAACAGAAGACGUGAUCCAUUCUCAAGCAACAAUUGAUGAUCCGUCAUUGAUACUAGUAGCCUCUGUUUCAAAUAAAGAACCAGCUAUACACGAAACCAAUGAUUCUAUUGCUGACAAUGAAGUGGAGAUCGUCGCUCUGACACAAACGGCUCCUGGAGAUGGGCAGGACAAUCGAGCUGACGAAAAUAACGACGAUUUAAGUUCAAAUCAAAAUACACCCGAACCGUCUGUGAUAGUAGUUGCCUCUAUAACCAAAGGUGAAACAUCUGUAACAAGAAAAACAACAGAUUCGUCUGAUCAGGACAAAGUGGAUUCAUCAGUCCAUGGAGAAAGGGAUGAAGAUGGUGAUUUAAAGGUCGAUAACAAAGAUAGUGACAAUAUUUCCCAACAUAGCGAGCCUGAUCGGAGCUUGAUCGUGGUCGUCUCUGUAACCAAGGGAGAAACAUCAACGGACAAGGAAGCGAACAAAAUUGUUGAUAAUGAUCAGAGGGAUAUCGAAACCCUGACUCGGACGCCUCCUUUGGAUGAUACGAAAGAUGCAAAAGAUGAAAAAGUUGAAGAUAAAAGUACAUGCGAUCAGACAAUCGUAAUAAUUGCUUCUGAAAGAGAUGACGAGAAUUCAGUAAGAUCAGAAAAUAAAGCGAUCGACGAAUCUAUAGACGAGAAAAGUAACGAAGAUAAAAACGACACCAUGUCUAUUCAUAGUUUACCUGAUCCGACUCUGUUACUGGUUGCCUCGGUUUCAAGGAAAGAAACUACCGUGACAGACACCAAAGACGAUGCUAAUGGCAUUGAAGUGGACACAGUCGCAAUGGUGCAAAUGACACCGAAAGACACGAACAAAGUGGACAGGCAAGACAACAUUUCAAAUCCCGAACCAUCCGACCAAAAUGUGUUAUUAGUCGCAUCAUUGACAAAGAGAGAAACGGCACAGAAAAACGGUUUUGAAGAUACAGUGGGUACAAUGUCCGAAGAACAACCUGAACUCAAAGUCAAAGAAAUAAUAAAGGAGAGCAAUGACGAUCUAAGUUCAAAUCCAAUAGAACCUGAUGCAUCAUUUAUUACGGUAACCUCUCUGUCACACGCAGAGAAUUCUGACGUAAAAGAAGUCACUGAUUCUGCAGACAAGGUUGAAGUCGGUUCCGUAGCUCAGACACAAAUGAAUACAGUCGCCGUUAAUGACGAUGGCAACACUGACAUCACCCAAGAUAUCAAUUCCGAACAUAUUGUCCCCGAGAAAUCUUUGGUAUUGUUUACUUCUGAACAAGAGAUAGAAAUAUCUGGCAAAAAGGAAACAACUGAUUCUUUGAAGGAUUAUGCAGUAGAUACAGCAGUCUUGGAAGAAAUGAAUGGUAACAGGGAAAAAGAAAACAAUGAUGAAAAAGAUGACGUCACAAUUUCUAUUCAUAGCACUUCUGAACCUUCUCUAUUAUUUGUUGCAUCAUUGUCAAAGGACUCUUCAGAAAUAGUAGACGACAAGGAAAUGGAAACAACUGCUUCGACACAUAUGGUUUCCGAGGAUGUGACGAGCAAUAUAAAAGACGAAAACGACGACAAUUUAAGUUCAAAUGAAAGAACAUCCGACCUGUCUGUGAUAGCAGUUGCCACUGUGACGAAUGGAGAAACAUGUGGUAUAAAGAAAGUGACCGAUUCGUCUGUACUAGACCAAGUGGGAUCAGUCCCGGAGGAAAUAGAGGAACAUGGUGAUUUGAAGGACGAUCAUAAAGAUGGUGACAGUAUUUCCCGACAAAGCGAGCCUGAUCUGAGCUUGGUCAUGGCCGUCCCUGUAACAAAGGGUGACACGGUUGAGGAGGGGAAGAUCAUUGUUGACAAUUAUCAGGGGGAUAUCGCAACCCCGACUUGGACAACUCCUGGGGACGAAACAAAAGAUGAGAAAAAUGAUGACACCAUUUCCAAUAAAAGUACAUCCGAUCAGGAUAUGGAAUCGAUUGUUCCAAUUUCAACUACUACAAAAACGAAUUAUUCUGAAGAGAAUGACGUGAAUACAAUAACGUCGGCAAGUAAGGCUAUCGACGCAUCGAUGGAGGAGAUAAAUGAUGAAAAUAAAGACGACACUAUCUCUAUUCAUAGUUUACCUGAUCCGACUGUUUUACUGGUUGCCUCAGUUUCAAAAACAGCCGUGGUGGAUACUAAGGAUACCAUUGAUAACAUUGAGAUGAACAAUAUACAAAUGGCAUCAAGUGAUAUGAAAGAAAUUAACACAGAAGAAAAACAAGCCGACGUUUCCAGUCCCGAACCACCCGACCCGUCUUUGAUAUUGGUCCCAUCUGUGACGAAGGAGGAAACGUUACCAGAAAAUGAAACUGUUACGGUGUCUGAAGAACAAACGGGGCUCCAAGAAAUGACAAAGGAGAGCAAAGAUGAAAGAGACGAAGAAACAAAUUCAAAUCAAAUAAAACCUGAUGUGCCAUUGCUUAUGGCCGCCUCUGUGUCACACGCAGAGAAAUCAAAUGUGAAGGAAGCCACGGAUUCUGUUGACAAUUAUGAAGUCGAUUCCGUAGCUCAGAUACAGAUGAAUGCAGUCGACAUUAGUGAAGAUGACAACACUGACAUGAUCAAAGACAUAAAUUCUGAUCAUAUUGUCACUGAUCCAUCUUUGAAAAUGCUCAUUUCUGAGAAAGAAGGGGAGAUGUCUACGGAAAAGGAAAUUUCAGAUUCUUUUAAAGAAGAAGUAGUAGACACAGUUGCCCUGAAACAAAUUGAGCAUAACACGACAACGGAGAACAAUGGUGAAAAAGAUGAUGACGCCACCAUUUCCAUUCAAAGCACAUCUGAACCGUCUUUAUUUCUGGUUGCAUCAUUGUCCAAUGAAGAAUCAUUUUCUUAUCCAGCCAACAGAGAUGCAAAAGACGACAAUGAAGGAGAGAUAGUCGCUCUAAAACGUAUAUAUCCCAAUAAUGUAAUGGAUAAUGAGAACGACGUAACAGGCGACGAUACAAGUUCAAAUCACAGUACAUCCGACCCCUCUGUGGAAGCAGAAACGUGUGAAAUAACGAAAGCAACCGAUUCGUCUAAACACGAAAAAGUUGAAUCAUUUAUCCCGGAGGAAAUUGAGGAAAAUGGUGAUUUAAAGGACGAUAACAAAGAAGGUGACAAUAUUUCCCACCAGAGCACGCCAGACCAGAGCUUGGUUAUGGUCGUCUCUGUAACGAAGGAAUCAUCAACGGACAAGGAAGUGAAUACAAUUGUUGAUAAUGAUCAGGGCGACAUCGAAACACCGACAUCAACGACCCCUGAUGACGUUAAAAAAGAUGAAAAAGAUGAUGAUACCGUAUCAAAUCAAAGUACAUGCUGUGAGGAAAUGGUAUUGAUUACCCCGACUUCCACAAAACAGACACCUUCUGAAAAUAAAAUAAUGGAUUAUACGUCACAGGAUGACGUCAAUACAGUUACAUCAGAAGACAAAGACAUGGCAGUGUUGGUAGAGGAAAGAAAUUGUGAAAAUAAAGAAGACACCAUUUCUAUUCAUAGUCUACCCGAUCCGACGCUGUUACUGGUUACAACAGAAUCAAGGACAGAAACGUCCGUGAUGGAAAAUAAGGACGCUGUUGAUGACAUUGAAGACGACACAGUAGCAUUGGAACAAAUGACACCAUUAGAUGUGAAAGACAUUAGCAAAGAGAAUAGUCUAGACAAUAUUUCCAGCCAUAAUCCAUUCGACCCGUCUUUGAUGUUCGUUGCAACUGUGACGCAGGAAGAAACGCUCCCAGAAAAAGAAAUAUUUUUUAAAGAUGCACCAGUAAGAGAGGAUGUAGAGGGAAUGGAUAUCAAAGAAAUGAUAAAGUAUAACAAAGAUGAACAUGAAAAUGACACGAGUUCCACUCCAUUAGAACCUGAUGUGUCAUCGAUUAGGGUCGCCGCUGUAUCAUACGCUGAAAGGACAGAUGUAAACGAACUCACAGAUGCUGUUGACAAGUUUGAAGUUAGUUCUGAAGCUCAGACACAGAUGAAAACAGCUGAUGUUAAAGACGACAAAAAACCCGACAUCACCGAAGACAUUCGUUCCGAACACAUGAUGCCCAAUCCACAUUUGAUAAUGCCUAAAUCUGAGCAAGAGGGAGAAAAAUCUGGCGAAAUGGAAACUACUGAUCUUUUGAAAGAUGAAGAAGUAGAUAGAGCAGCCUUGGAAGAAAUGGAACAUAACCAGGCGAUGGAGAACAAUGAUAAAAAAGAUUAUGACGUCACCAUUUCUGUUCAGAGCACUUUUGAACCGUCUUCAUUACUUGGUGCAACAUUUUCAAAUGCAGAAACGUUUAUUGAAGAAGGCAUUACAGAUGUAGUGGGCGACGAUGAAGGGGAAACAGGAGCUCUGAAUCAAACGGUGCCUGUUGAUGGGAAAGACGAAAACAAAAAUAAAAUCAUUGGAGAACCUAUUUCCUUGACACCUGAAAUGCCUUUAAUAGUUGCUGCGUCUUUAUCAAAUGAAGAAACAUCUCCUAUAAAGGAAACUUCUGAUCGGGGAGCGCAAGACAAUGGAGCGAUACUCAAAGUGUCGAGAGAAGAGAGUAAAGAUAAAAAGGAUAUCGGCAGCAUUUCGCUUCAUGUAUCACAUGACAAGUCAGAUUCGUUAGUACCAUACAAAGUGGAUACGGCAUCAUUCGAACAAAUGGUCCCACCUGAUGUAACUUCUGCGAUGGUGGGAAUAACAAAUUCGAAGGAAAAAGAUGCAAAUGUAGCUGUUGAACGAACGGCGAUUAAUGAUGUUCCAACGAAUGACUCAAACUCUAUGAAUAUCACAUUCGAUCCUUCAUUGACACUGAGCGCCACGGCGAACACUGCCGAGUUAUCCGCGCAAGCCAACAUGGACGCAUUUGCAUUAGAUCAACCUGAUGAUGUGAAAGAAGACACAACGAAUCAAACUGAAGACAACACCGUUUCAAAACAAGGUACAUCUGAUUCCUGUUUGCAACUAGUUGCUUCGAUGUCAUCAUUAGACGAAACAUCAGACCAAAAUGGUAUGAACACUAUAACUUUGGAUCAAACGGCGAUCGAUGUACCAACUGACAUUUCCAUUCAUAGUCCACCUGAUAAGGCUUCGACAUUGGAAGCUAGAGUGUCAUUUUCGAAAAAAAAUGCAAUUAAGGAAUCUGAGGAUUUUUCAGGGAUAGAAGACAUGAGCACAGAAUCCUCCGACGUGGCAGAUGGUGCAAAAUUCAAAAUAGCUGAUGCCACCACUUCCAAUGAUAACACACUUACUCCAUCCUUGACAGUGGUUCACCCAGUACCAACUGAAGAUGCAUACAAUGUAGAGGAAAAAUCAGAAAAUGGCGACGUAGUCGACAUGGACAUAUUACCGAUGGAUCAAAUAGAAGCCUGUGGUACGGAUGAAACAGUUGAUGGCCUCUUUUCUAUUCAAAGCACCCAUGAUUCACCAUCAACUGAUGCGGACGGCACAAAUUCCGAUCAUGUUGGACAUGCUAGAUAUUUGUCUGUGGUGGAAGAUGUCGGCAUAGAAGCAUUAGAACAAGACAAACAUAAGAAUGUGAAGGACAAUUACAAAGAUGAGUUUGAAGACGAUUCCACUCCUAAUCAUGGUGCACGUGAUCCCUCUUUGGAACCAGUUGCUAUGGUGUCAGCUAAUGAAAUGCAUGCCACAAAUGAAGAUGUAGAUGCGUCACAAACAGAGAUCACUGAAACCAUACCGAAUACAUCAGAAGAAGAAGACAUAGACGCAAUGCCUAAAGACCAAACGGAGGACUGUGAUGAGUCAGACAGCAGGAAGGAACAAAUAGACGAGGACACCAAUUCGAACCUUGAUAUUCACGUUAUGCCUAUGGAAAUUAUUCCUUUGGUAUUAACAAAUGUGUCACAAAAAGUUGUCACUGAUGCAAUACCGUUGGAACACACGGAGCCUAGUAAUCUGAAGUUUAAUAACAUUAUAGAAACAACAAACGACUCAAUUUCCAAACAAAUAACACUCGAUUUAACUUCAGACCUUGUUGCACCGUUACCAAUGCCGGAAUUGACUUCAAUCAAGGAAUCCGAUAACUCGGAAACAGAAAACACGGAUGCAUUACCGAUGCAUGAAAAGGAGCCUUGUUAUUUAGAAAACGAUAGCAAGGAUGUAAAAGACGACGACAACAUCAUCAAUCAAACUUUGAAACAAACUGAGUUGUUGUCAAAUGGUGAAAAAUCUAUCGUAACGGAAAAUAAAAACACAACAGUAAAUGAAGUUUCGGACACAAUAAAAUUGGAACAAACGAAGUCUGACGAUGUUACAAGAGAUAGCAAGGAAGAAAUUACCGACGACACUGAAGACACACUUGGUUCGUCUUUGGAACUUGGUGCCUUGGUAUCAACGAAUGAAACAUAUGCAGUAAAUGCUGACGAGUCAAAAAUAGAGGUCAUAGACGCAGUUCCGAUAAAUCAAACUAUACAUGGUGAUAUGGAUAAUGAGACUACAACCAAUCCCACUUCGGAAAUGAUUGCGUCUGUAUUAAUCCAAGAAAAGUCGUUCAUAGAAGAAACAGAAUCAUCAGAAAAAGGCAUUAUUGGUGCAUGUCAGAUGGAUCAAACGGAGGCUUGUGAAGUGGAAAACAAUAACAAGAAUGAAGCAGAGGAUACCAACUCCACCAUUCAAAGUACACAGGAUUCAUCUUUGAAACAAGCUCCUUUGGUUUCACCUGAUGAAAAAUUUACCGUUGCGGAAUGUACAAACUCAACAGCGAACGAAAAUCCAGACACACCAGAAUUUGAAAAAACAGAUACUGACGUUGUAAUGGACGUUAGCGAGGAAAGAGUAUCCAAGGAUACUCUUUCCAAUCAUGGUAUGAAUGACCCGUCUUUGGAGCUUGAUGCUAUGGUAUCAACAGAAGCGUCAAAACAAUUCAGCGGAGCAACGCCGACUGAACAAACGGCGCCUGGUGGUUUGAAGAACAAUGACUAUAUUGAAACGACAAACGACCCAAUUUUCAAUCAAAUAACACUCGAUUCCACUUUAAACCUGGUUGUACCAGUAUCAAUGCCAGAAAUAACUUCAAUCAAGGAAACCGAUAACUCGGAUACAGAAGGUACGAAGACAUUACCGAUGGAUGAAAAAGAGCCUUGUAAUUUAAACAACGAUAUCAAGGAUGAAACAGACUACGACACAUUCACCAUUCAAACUUUAAAACAUUCUGAUUUGAUAUCAACUGGUGAAAAUACUACAGAAAAAAAAGUUCUGGACACAACAAUACUAGAACAAAUGAAGGCUGACGAUGUUACAAGCAAGAAAGAAGAAAUGGCCAACGACACUCCUUCCAAUGAAGAUACACGUGAUCCGACUUUGGAACUUGGUGAAAUUGUAUUAGCUAAUGAAAAUUCCGUACUAAAUGAAGUUACUGGUGUGUCAAGAAUGGAGCUCGUAGACGCAGUUACGAUCGAACAAACUUUACCUGGUGACCCGAAGUUCGAGAUGGAUAAUGAAAUAACACCCAUUCCCACCUCAGGACUAAUUGCGACUGUAUCAAUCCCAGCAAUAACUUCAAUCGAAGUAACAGAUUCAUCAGAAAAAGAUGUAAUUGUUGCAUGUCAGAUGGAUGAAACGGAGGCUUGUGUUGUGGAAAACGAUAACGGGAAUGAACAAGAGGACACAUUCACCUCUCAGAAUUUGUCUUUGAAACAAGCUGUUCAGGUAUCAACUGACGAAAAAACUACCAUUUUCUCCUCAGAACUAGUUGCGCCGGUAUUGACGCCACACAUGGUUUCAAUCAAGGAAACUGAUUCAUCAGAAAAGGAAGGCAUGGAGACAUUACCAAUGGAUCAAACGGAUGACACCUUCACCACUCAAACGCUGAAACUUACUGAUGAAAAGUAUAUCAUUACAAAAGAUACAGCCACAACGGAAUUGGAACAAAGGGAGGCAAGCGAUGUGACAAACGAUAACAAGGAAGAAAGUACUGACGGCACUCUUUGUAAAGAAGGUAAGCCUUAUCCGUCUAUAAAGCCUGUUGCCUUGGUAUCAACAAAUGACAUGAUUUCAAUUGAUGAAGUUGCUGAUACGUCAGUAGGAGAGAUCGUUGACACAAUACCGAUUCUAGAUGAUUUGGUAUCAACUCAGGACACGUUUGCAGUUGUUGAACAAUCAGAUACUACAGGCGACGAAGUUCCGGACACAACAGCAUUGGAGAAAGGUGAAGGUGGCAAUGUAACAGACAGUAAGGAGGUUAUUGCCGACAGCAGUAUUUCUGAUCAUGGUACACAUGAUCCGUGUUUGGGAAUGUCUGCUUUGUUAUCCACAGAUAAGUCAGAAAAAGAAGUCGCUGGCGCAAUACUGACUGAGCACACGGCGUCUGUUGAUCUGCAGCACAACACCGAUAACAAAACAACAAACGACACAGUUCCUGACCAAAUACCACUCGAUCUGAAUUCAGAACUGGUUCUGACGGUGCCAAGUUCAGAAAGUUCAGAAAUGCCUACAAUAAAGGAAACCGAGUCAAUGGAAACAUUGCCGACGGAUGAAAUGGUGUCUUGUCAUUUCGAAAACAAUAACAAGGAUGUAACAUCUGACGACAUCUUAACCACUCAAAGUAUACAGGAUCCUUCUUUCAAACGAACAAAUGAAACAUCUGUCAUGGAAGAAAAUGAAAACAUCACAAAAAUUGAAAUAUCGGACACACAAGCAUUGGGACAAACAGAGACUCGCCAUGUGACGACGGAUAAUGAAGAAAUAGCCGAGGCCACUAUUUCCAAUGAAAGAUUGCAUGAUCCGUCUUUGGAAAUUGUUGCUUUGGUAUCAACUGAUCAAACGUAUGCAACAGAUGCAAUUGCUGAUAAGUCAGAAAAAGAGGUCGUUGAACAAACGGUACCUGCUCUUCUGACGCUCGAUAUCGGUAAUGAAACUGCACCCGAUCCCGAUUCGAAAUUGAUUGCAUCUGUAUCAAUUCAAGUAAUGUCUACAGUCGAAGAACCCGAUUUAUCAGCAAAAGAAAGUAUUGGUGAAUUACAAAUUGAUCAAACCGUGGCUUGUGGGGUGGAAAACGAUGACAAAGGUAAAAAUGAGGAUAUCACCUUCACUCAAAUUACUCGGGAUUCAUCUUUGAAACAAGCUGCUCUGGUAUCAACUGAUGAAAAAUUUACCAUUGCCGAACAGACAGACGUCACAGAAAACGAAGAUCCAGAUACAACAGAACCGGAACAAAUGGAGGCUGACAUUGUGACAGGCGAAAACAAAAAGGAAAUGACAGAGGACACUAUUUCCAGUCAUGGUUUGCAUGAUCCGUCUUUGGAACUUGAUGUUUUGGUAUCCACAAAAGAAAUCGAUGAAAUAGCUGAUGCGUCAAAAGAAGAGGCCUUCAGCGCAAUACCGAUUGAACAAACAGUAACGAGUGAUCUUACGAUCGACAUUCAAACGCAGGACUCGUCUUCGAAACUAGCUGCUUCGGUAUCAGCAAAUACAUCUAAACUAGUGGAACAAUCAGACAUCACUAACAACGAUCAUCUGGUUAAAACAGCAUUGGAGAAGAAAACGGAUAAUGAAGAUGCGACAGACGGUAACAAAGAAGAAAUAGCCAGAUACUCUUUUGCCAAUGAAGACUUUGACCAAACGGUACCUGAUGAUCUGACGCUCGAUAUCGGUAAUGAAACUGCACCCGAUUCUCAUUCAGAACUGAUUGCAUCUGUAUCAACCCAAGACAUCUCUUCAGUCGGAGAAACAGAUUCGUCAGAAAAAGAAAGUUUUGAUGCAUUACAGAUUGAUCAAAUGGAGGUUUGCGAGGUGGAAAGCAAAAGAGCUAGCGAUACUAUCACCAUUCAAAAUACAAAGGAUUCAUCUUCGAAACAAGCAGCCUUGGUAUCAACAAAUAAAACGUCUUCAAUUGUGGAAAAUUCAGAUACCUCGUACAAUGAAGAUCUGGAAACAGCAGCACUGGGAAAAACAGAUGCAACAGAUGAUAACAAGGAAGAAAUAGCCAAGAUUACUAUGUCUGAUCAUAAUAGGCAUGAUCCGUCAUUGGAAUCUAAUGUUAUGGCAUCAAAUGACGAAACUUCCUCAAUCAAUGAAGAUCCUGAUACGGCAAAGAAAGUGGAGGCUGAUACAUUACCAAUUUAUAAAACGGCACCAAGUGAUUUGGAAUCAUCUCUCGAAAUGUCUACAAUCAAGGAAUCAAAUACUUCAGAAAAGGAAGCUAAGGACACUUUACCUAUGGACCAAGUAGAUUCUUGUUAUGUGAGAAACGACAAGAAGGAAGAAACAGCUAACGAUUGCAUCAACAUUCAAAAUACUGCAGAUUCAUCCUUGAAAGCAGAUGCUUUGGAAUCAGCUGAUGAAAUAUACACAGAUAUCACAAAUGAAGCUUCGAAUACAGCAGCGUUGGAACAAAAUGAAGCUGGUGAUCUGACAGACGGUGGCACAGAAAAACUAGCUGACGAAACUGUUCAAAAUGAUGGUAAACCUGAGCCCUCUGGUGAACCUAAUGCUGUUGUAUCAAACAAUGAAAGACUUGCAAUUAAUGUAGAUAUUGAUGCGUCAGAAAACGGACACGUAGACAUAACAACGUCAGCAGAGCACGACAUGAACGUAUUUCCUAUGGAUCAAAUGGAGGCUGGUGCUACGAAACAUGUUAGCAAAGAUGACUUAGCUGAGGAAACCAUUUCUGCACAUGAUACACAUAAUUCUUCUCCGAAGCCAGCUGAUUUGGAAUCAAAUGAUGGAGAGUCUACGAAUGAGGGCACUAUUGAUUCGUCAGAAAAAGAAGACGUGGACAGCGAAGUAUUAGACGAUAAGGAGGACAGUGAUGUAAUGAACUACAGCAAAGAGGAAGCUGCUGAGGAUGUUUCACUUUCACUAACAACCGAUCAAACGCCAGAAGAGGGCACGAAUUCUGAAGCAAUGGAAAUGAAUAAUGCUGGCCCAAUAUUACCUCUAGUGCAAGACACUGAUGAGAAGCUAAAACCAAAAGGAGAUGAGAUCAUUAGUGAAUUAUUGAAUACAAUGGAACAACCUAUUAAAUCUCCAACAAACACUAUGACAUCUAUGGAAGGAAAACAUACCGAAGGAGUUAUUGGUAAAGCUGAAACUCGCUCUGUAAAGGAUGAAUUCGCUCUCGAACAGCCUAACAACCAAGAGUCAGUAGAUCUUUUGUACCGACAAGAGUGCUUAGAAGCAGGACGUAGUCCGUUACCCGAAUCUUCAUCAAGCCAAAUCGAAGAAAUGUCAUUUAGAAACACAGAUGAGAAAAAGAACGGUCGAAAAGAAGUCCAAGAUAAACACGAUAAGGGAACUGUUGAUGAAGGCAAAAAAAUUGAGUCUAAGGAAGAACAGUUCAUGCAUUUGGAAGGAGAAGAAAAUAAAUCAACGAUCGAUGAACCUGUUGACAAGAGCCACGACCAGAUUCAGGACGAAGUGAAACAAAUAGAAAAAUGUGAUGACACUUACAAACCAGUUAAAUUAGAAGACAAAAAUGAAUGUCAGGCUAUCAGAGAUUCAGAUCAAACAAACGCAGAGGAAGACAGAACAACAAACAACGUAUCAAAACCUACUGACAAACAAAUAUCAAAACCAUCAGUGGAUCAAAAUGAAGAUGAAAUACAGAAAGAUAGCGAAAAAACUUCAUUGGAUAUUCAUCCGAAAAAUAUCACUAGCAAUCAGAUUGCAAGUGAUUCAGAGGAGGCUAAUGGUGCGGAGUUAUUGGACGACCAUAUCAAAGACAAAACUCCUAAAAACGGAGAUAUUGAUGGUACAAUUUCUUCUUCUUCACUUAAGAUUGAUUUGAACGAAGCAGGGUGUCAACGAAAUGAGUCAGAAAAGGACAAUAAUUCAGACAAUGAAGAAUACAAAGAUGCGUUGGAUUAUGUACCGGAAGUAGAAGAGUUUACAUUGGCACCAGAAGAAAAAAGAGUAAGUGACAAACCAAAGGUCAAUCCAAAAUCAAAGGGACAACAGCGUAUAGACAUAUCACACGGAAAAGGCAAAUCAAGCUUCAAAAAGGGGGCUAAGAAAGAAGUGAAGGAAACAGCUACAAAAGGUUCUAAGAAAUCAACAACGGAGGCGGAAGGAAAAGGCCCAAAAUCGAUAGUCAAGGAAAAACAAAACAGUUUCAAACAGAAAGCGGCUUUCGUUAACCGGGUUGUUUGGCGAUAA